AUGGCAGACGACAGCCCCCUUUCGAUCGCUGCGAAUAUUAUUGGCAUCAUGACUUUUGUUUUCGCCAUUGCAGCAGCUGCAUACGCACGAUGGCUCUGGUUGAAGUCGCGAAUCACGCAGCCAUAUGAAUUAAUCGCGCAAGACUAUGAGAGAGUCGGGCACUAUAUCCGGGAGACCUGGAUAUUAGAACUCCAAAUGGACUUUACUCCAUCACCGCACUUGGAUGACUUGAUUCGCUUCGUUCACCUGGAUCUUAUCAUGGUUGUGCUCGAAAUGGUCAAGUUAACAGAAUACACGGCGUCGGAAAGAAUUCGCAUAGGAAAUACUGCUAGGUUUUCCGAGUACUACGGCGGAAUUGAGUAUAAAAUCGAAAUGAUGAGGACCCUAUACGCGAGAGAACAGAUAAAUGCGGGAUUCGCGACCCAGACCUCGAAAAUCCACUCCAUGCAGACACAAGGCUGGGACAGGAUCACAUAUGGCAAAGGUCCUGGGUACUUGCGGCAGCAGAAAUGUCAGCUCCAGACUUAG